AUGAGGCUUGGCGGCCUGCUCAGCAAGCUGUUCCCUGUCCGCACGUUGGAGCGUUGUGACAUGCAGGGCACAGACAACGACGCCUUCUCCCGCGUCCGCGUGCCCCUCCUGCCCGACAAUUUCACCCCGAACCGGAGCGUCGGUGGCCUCGGGCGCGAGCGCCUCGAAAGGUUCGCCGCUCCUUGGUCAGCCAAGAAGCCGCAGCGUACAUUCAAUCCUUACCUCGGCCGUCGUGACGCUACCAACGCCAUGGAUGACAUCUACGACUAUGUCGUCGUGGGCUCGGGUCCUGGCGGCGGCCCUGUUGCGGCAAACCUGGCCAUAGCAGGACACAAGGUGCUACUUGUUGAUGCAGGCGGCGACUCGGGGGACGAUCUGAUGGAGACUCUUCCGGCCUUGCAUCUCUUCUCGACCGAGUUCGAGGACACGAGAUGGAACUACUUCGUGAACCACUACUCGGACCUCGACCGCCAAGCCAGAGACUCUAAGAUGACGUACGAGCUGCCCGACGGGAGCUUCUACGUUGGGCUUGAUCCACCCGAGGAUGCUACUCCAUUGGGAGUGUGGUAUCCUCGAGCUGGUACCCUGGGCGGUUGCUCUCGCCACAACGCUCUCAUCAGCAUCAACGCACAUGACAGUGACUGGACUUACAUCUCCGAACUCACGCAAGAUUCCUCUUGGAGCCCGGACAGCAUGCGAUCUUACUUCGAGAAGAUCGAGAAUAAUGCGUACUUGCCGAGUAGCAUUGUCGGACACGGAUUCGGUGGAUGGCUUACAACCUCUCUCACCUCCCUUUCGCUUGUGGCUGAGGACCGGAAACUGCUUUCCCUCAUCCUUUCCGCUGCCACGGCAGUUGGUCGAAACAUCCUCGAAUCCGCAAUCACUACCGUCACUGGUCUGGCACAUGUUCUCCUGGAAGAUCUUAACGCUCCCGGUGAGACGAGCAACACCGGACUGUACCAGGUGCCUCUGGCCAUGAAGGACUCUGUCAGGGGUGGUCCACGGGACUUGAUUCUCGAGACGGCAGAGGCAGUGAACUCUGACGGGUCUCGCAAGUACCACCUGGAUAUCAAGCUGAACACAUUGGUCACGAAAGUCCGCUUCGACACUACCGGAGCAACUCCUCGCGCAGUUGGUGUUGACUACAUGGAAGGCUCAUCACUGUACCGCGCCGACCCCCGAUCAGGAUCGGCUUCUGCGACUGGACACGGCAGCGUUGACGCCAAGCGGGAGGUCAUCCUGGCAGCUGGUGCCUUCAACACGCCUCAGCUUCUGAAGCUCAGCGGCGUCGGGCCAAAGUCAGAACUGGAGUCGUUCGAUAUCCCCGUCUUGGUUGAUCUCCCUGGUGUCGGAACCAACAUGCAAGAUCGUUACGAGGCCACUGUCAUCGGCAAGACAGACAGCGACUUCGCCAUUACCUCCAAGUGUACCUUCUUGCAGAGCACACCUGAUGCCUGCCUCGAGGACUACCAAGCCGGCUUUGAGCCAGUCACAAAGGGCGUCUACGCAACCAACGGAAUCGCCAUCGCCAUCACCAUGAAGUCCUCCGUUGCCGAAGACGAGCCGGAUCUGCUGGUCUCCGGGGCCCCGGCCAAGUUCAAGGGUUACUUCCCCGGCUACGCAGCUGACUCCCUCGCGGACGCUCAGCACUGGGCCUGGAUCGUCCUCAAGGCGCACAGCAGGAACAAUGCCGGAACAGUGACGCUGAAGUCUACCGACCCGCGCGACAUGCCCCACAUCAACUUCAACUACUACGACACGGGCGUCAACGCCAGCAACGCGGCCGAGAAGGACCUGCAGGCCACGUACGAGGGCUUCCAGUUCGCCCGCAAGGCCUUCGAGGACAUGAUCCCCCUGGACGGCAGCUUCCCCGAGGUCUGGCCCGGCACCAAUGUCUCCAGCGAGGCCGACGUCAAGGACUUCCUGAAGGACGAGACCUGGGGCCACCACGCGUCGUGCACCUGCCCCAUUGGAGCCGAUGAUGACCCCAUGGCCGUUCUCGACAGCAGGUUCAGGGUCCGCGGCACGGAGGGCUUGCGUGUUGUUGACGCCAGUGUCUUCCCCAAGAUUCCUGGCUUUUACAUUGCACUGCCUCUGUACAUCGUUUCUGAGAAGGCCAGUGAUGUUAUCAUUGAGGCGGCGAAGGCUUCUUAA